AUGCGGACGUUACCACCAUCACAGGAGCUUCCAGCAGGCCUUCGGCCCAAAGACCCGACCCGACGUCGCCAAGACAGUCGCCCCUUUCGUUGGUCUUUCUCAACCUUUACUCUCACGCUCUCUUGUGACCCCCCUUCCUCGAACCUCCAAAGACGACACGCGCGGGACGCAGCUUUCAAGAUGAUCACACGAUCCGUACAGUCGACUUUUGCCUUGCUUCUUGUCACUGUGACCCUCCUCCUCGCAUCCUCCCCACCCGUGGCAUCGUACCAUCUCUCACCCGACGACGGUCAAGCGGACAUCGGAGCGUACCACGUGCAACCCGGUCGAUGCGCCGACGUCGAACGACGACUCGGCAGACGCUACAGCUACUUUUGGCGCUCCUCGCCCUUCUUCACGACCUUUACACCCGAUCCCUCCUCCUCCCUAAUUCCCACCGCCGGCUCAGGAGUGGAGCAAAUGGAUGCUACCUCCCUCUGUACAUCCGAUCCUCUGAUCAACGAAGGCUACGGAGCCGGGUUCGACAAGAUGCGUCUAUACCUCGUCUACUCGCGCUGCCUGUUCGGCACUAACGAGAUGCGCGUUCUCUGCGGAACAAUCGAUGAUAAGGGCAAACCGAUGAAUUCCUACUUCAACCUGGUCCAAGCUGGUUGUCCGCAGGGAACCAGGUGUAAGAAUCUCUGUGCGACGAUGCGCGAUCCCAAGUUGACGAGCCCAUACGCUGCUAAGCAGGUCCAAUUGGCUCAGUGUAUGGACGAGAAACAGUGGCAAAAGUUGACCGAUAUGUACAGACCAAAACCUGCAACUUUGGCUGUGACAGUAGCACCUCCUCCUUCGCACCUGGAUCCUCAAGUCGUCGACAAGGUGCCCUCGAAGAACCCAACCCAAGAUCAAACAAAGCCGGAUCAGGACGGAACUAUCGCGGGACAGGUGCUUUCACCGACUGCUGCCGGACAGUCCGAACCAGGUCACACGACCGGCCAUCUACAGCUCGAUCCGAAACAACCUCCUGCGCCUCCUACACAGAAUGAUCAGCCAAAAGCGGACCAGGGGGCGGACAGUAGCAAAGACAUCAAGGACCCUCCACAAAAGGCGCCGACGGUGAUGGGCUUCCGCAGACGCAGUCUGGACUUCUCUGUGCCCUCUCGUCGCCACGAUCCGCAUGGGCAUCGAAGCAGCCGAGCCCCCGUGGAUGCGCGGGCAGAUUCGUGA